GGGCCAGAUGGUGCACAGCCCCAUUUUAUCGAUGAAGAGACUGAGCCCCAGAGGGUUCCAGUUCUGUUUGUCCGUGGGCAAGUCCUUCGCUUUGUAAAGUGCGAGUGGGCAGGUGGCUGUGAGGGUGCAAGAGGAGACUUGCAGUUGGUGUCUUGGCUCGAGGCAAGGCUGGCACCUGUCCGCCUUCCUGGACUCAAUCUAGUCUCCUCAGGCAGGUGCCCAGGCCCAAGGAAGGGCAGGGCUCACCCAAAUCUUUCCGCGGGACCUGGAGCCAAGCUAGAGUCUCUCUUUCAGUGAACGCAUAUGGAGAACUUGGGGAUGAGUAAGAGGAGGGCACUCCCACCUGCCCCCUGCCCAGACCACGGGUCCAGGAAGAAAGACAGGCCAAGCUGUGCUUUACUAGAUAGGAUAAGAUCCAUGAAGCAGGAGAUGGGGACAUUUGAACUGGGCUUCAAGGGGAUGAGGAAGGAGAGGCUCAGAGGAAGGAAAACUUGUCCAAGGAUGCACAGCAGGAAGAAGUGGAGGGGAUGCUGGAACCUUCUUGCGAAAAGGGGGGUUUAGGGCCAGAGGAGCUGUGCUCAAAGCUGGAAGAAGGGGAUGACUCCCUCCAGUGUCACUUUCACACAGCCUCAAGACCACUUUUGACACCUUCAGCCUCACUAUGCGUGCCCGAGGCCCCCCUGGCUUACCGUCCCCAGCGCUACCCCUUGCCUCCUCUGUCCUGAUGCUGCUGCUGAGCAGCCUGUGGCUGGUGGGGGCUGGCCCCAGCCUUGCCCUGGCCCCGGAGCUGCUGCUGGACCCUUGGCAGGCACACCGGCUGCUGACCCAUGCCCUAGGCCACACAGCCCUACCUGGCCUGCUCCUGAGUCUGCUGCUCCUGCCCACAUUGGGCUGGUGGCAGGAGUGCCACCUGGGCACGCUGCGGUUCCUGCAUGCCUCUGCCCUGCUCGCCCUGGCUGCUGGGCUCAUGGGUGUGCUGCUGGCAGGCCUUGGGGUGUCCAGCGCAGCUGGUGGCUGCGGCUACAUGCCUGUCCACCUGGCCAUGCUGGCAGGGCAGGGUUACCACCCUAGACAGCCCCUGGGGAUAUUGCCACCGUGGCUGCUGCCAUGGCUGCUGCUUGCCUUGACACCACUGCUCAGCUCUGAGCCACCCUUCCUGCAGCUAUUCUGUGGCCUUCUUGCUGGCCUGGCCUAUGCAGCCGGGGCGUUCCAGUGGCUGGAGCUCUCUGAGAGGCGGCUGCAAGCGCUGCAGGAAGGUGCCUUGUGCAGAGCCCUGGCACGGUGCUGGCCAUUCAGACUCCUUCCUACCCCAGGCAGCCUAGCCGAGCUGCCGGUCAUCCAUCCUGCUGCAGCGAGGCCUCCCACCCCUGGACUUCCUUACAUGGCUUCCCCUAGCCUCUGGUCCCGCAGUGAAGGCUCGGCCCAGCUCCCACCAGGCCUGGGGUCUGUGCAGCAGACCUGGGAGGGCUCCUCAGAGGUGGGAGCAGUCUGGGCCGGGCCCAGCUUCCCCCCCGGGACCCCGCUGUGGGCAGCCCUGGAUGAGCAAAUGCUGCAGGAGGGGAUCCAGGCCUCACUCCUUGAGGGGCCAGCCCAGUGUCCUGAGAGCCCACUAUGGCUGCCUAAGUCCUCCGUCUCCUCUCUGCGGCUGCAGCAGCUGGAGCGCAUGGGCUUCCCGACAGAGCAGGCAGUGGUGGCACUGGCUGCCACAGGCCGAGUGGAGGGUGCUGUGUCACUGCUGGUUGGCGGGGAGGUGGGCCCUGAGGCCCUGGUGACUCAGGGGAGGGGCGGGCCUGCUCACCCUGAGGGUCCUGGUCCCCCCUAGCACAUGUAGGCCCUCAAGUGACCAGAGCCCUGGCCUGUCUGCUGAGAAUCAUAGUGGGGUACAGGAGAUGCCCCUCCAGCACCCCACCCUGGUACUGCUUAGAAUAAAAACCAGUUCAUUUUUCAACCUGGACCUCUUUGGGGAUA